ACAGUAUGGUUCGGAUCGGGAAUCGGUGCGGUUCAGUUCGGCUUGGAAAUGCGCGCCAAAGGUGCUAAGCUCGAUAAAAAUAAAGAAAUAACAAAUCACUUAAAGGCAACGCAUAUUUAAACGUGUUUGAGCUUAGGGAAAUGUUCAAGAUUCGGCGGAAAAAAUUAAAUUAGAUUGGGAGUUUUUCUUUGACUCAAUAUGAUUGGUGUUUGUCGCAGUUCUUAUCUGUGGACUUAUUUACGUCGUAGUUUGCCGUCUAGUUUUGUCAACUUUAAUUGAAAUUAAUUUACUUUCUUCACAUUCUAUCUGCCAGAUACAGAUACACGUAUCCGUAUCUGUGUGCACAUGCCGCUAAGUGAACAGCCUUGUAUGCGAUCAGAUUUGAGCGCAGAGCACUUGACAAUUAUGUAAAGCUUCUCUCGCCGAAAACAAGUUUGCAAACAACAAAAAAUGAAUAAACUCGUGGUACCGUAAAACUAUCAAAACUGAAACUAAAGAACAAGUGGCAACAACCCAACCAACUCAAAGAAAACAACUAACGAAAACUCUCCAAACAAAAGUGCUAGCAAUUAAAAAUAAUUUCUCAGUUCCCUAACGAGCAAGAAUAGAGGAACACGAAAUUUAAUAAAACAGCAACCGAAUCUCUCGAAUGUCGCGCAAAAUGUUGCAAGUGCCGGUAGCAACACUUGUGUUGCUGUCGCUGCUGCCGAUUGCCCAUGUUGCUGCUGCCUCAGCCACUGCCGCAGAUGCAACAGCAGCAACUGCAGCAUCCACAACGUCAACCGGAAUCGAUGCCAGCCUGAAGAAUGCCAAGCUGAUUGAGGCCAAAGUGCUGCCCGACUUGGCCAUCCUGCAACGCGUUAACCAGGAAGACGAAAAGUGGCAGCAGGUCUACCGGUUCAUCGACGAUGGCUUUCCCGUCCUCGAGUUGUACGGCUACAAGCCGCUACCAGACCUGCCGUACACGUUGAUUGUGCCCAAAAUCGAUGUGCGGAGCAUUGAGAAGCCGCGACUGAAGGAGUUCAUGUUGGAACAUGUGGUGCCUGGGAAAAUCUUCGACAGCUACAAUGGUAAUGGGAACAGCAAGGAGGAGGAGGAGUCCUUCGGCAAUGGGAACGGACACAAAAUCGUUUUCCGUAAAUUGGAAAAAUCCCACAACAAUGUUUGGCUACUCAAUGGCCAGCAAAUACUCCACAAGCUGCGUAUCAAUGAGAACCUGAUGGCCAUUGCAAUUGAUGGUUAUUUGGGCGAUAGGAAGUCGCCCUACUCCAAGCGCAAUAUCCAGGAAACGAACAACCGCUACAACGACCCUCAGCCGCUGGAGCAGCCGAACAUUACGAAUGCACAUGCAAAGGUGGAGCCCGUUAUCAAGGAGUCGAAGGCCAGUCCGCUGAUGUCCUUUUUGGCAAACAUGAAGACCGGCACCAAGGUCUUCCAGCACUUCCUCUCCAAGAGCAAUCUGACCCGCAUCAUGGACGACAACGCGUAUACGGUGCUGAUUCCGUCGGACAACGCCUUCCAGCGCUGGCAUCCCAUCGACUGGGGAUUCUAUCCGUUUUCCGUGCCGGAAUUCACUGAGUCGGUGCUUAGAAACCAUUUCCUGCCCAUGCAGCGACCCCUGCGGCUGGCCGAUGUUCGGAACAUGGACGAGGUCGUCGUGACCACCAUGGGUGGCGAGGAUGUCGUCUUCCACGGCCAACCCACCCCCACGGUGAAUAAUGUGAGCAUUAUGUCCGACUACAACCUCUCCAAUGGCAAUCAGGUGUUCAUUAUCUCCGAGGUGCUCUUCGUCACGGAAGCUGUCGUCUCCAAAUUGCACCAGAUGCACAAGGAUAAGGAGACACCUCCGUUGCUGGCAUUCCCCUGGUUUGGAGCACAGUUCCUUUCCCAUUCAUUUUUGGCCUUGGAGAGAGAUCCACGAUUUACCCAGAUUACCAGAUAUUUGAACAGUGCCGAGAUCGCCCCCCACAUUUCCGGCGCCAAUUACACGUUCUUUGUGCCAGAGGAUCGGGCCUUCGAGAAGCAAGGAUUCGACAAGCUAUCAGAUGAGGUCAUGGCCUCACAACGCGGCGUAAAAAUGCUGCUGAACCACUUCGUUAAGGGACGACUGUAUAACCGUGAUCUGCGCGACAAUGAAGUCUUUGAGACGAUCGGCGGAGGCCACAUUAAGAUCACCCGUAACCCGGGUAGCAACUAUACCAGCGUCAAUAAUGCCCAGAUUACGGAGAGCGAGGUGUUCGUAUACAACUUGGGCACCAUGUACUACCUGGACGACAUCCUGUACUCGCACAUGCUGCGCGACUUCGUAAGCAAGUCCACCAAGACGAGAUCCAAUCGGCACGGCAGCGAUUCCGGCGGAGGAUCACGGAGCACCUCGCGGCCCAGCGACGUGGAAAUCGUGCCCAACGAGUUCGAGGGGGAGCACAAUGGCGGCGACUAUGCCAUCCACGGUGAUGACGAGGACUUCGAGGAUGAGAUUAUCACGCCCAAGGCGCUGCCCGUCCAGAUCUAUGAGUUGCCCAAGUAAAGGGCGGGAUCAUGACAGCUGGGUUAGUGUCAGAGUAUAUAUAUCGCGAUGGUAAAUGCGAAAAUAACACAGGCGGCACUUUGAGAUUGUUUUUGGGAUCCCUCAAUCGGCCUUCGAGUCUUGUAUCAGUCUAUUUCCGAAGUAGGAGACAUUCCAGGCCCUUCGACAAUUAGUCUAUUGUCGCUUUAUAUUAUUUUGGCAAUUAAUUAGCAGUAUGUACAAUAUUUUUUUGCAAUUGAUCUGCGUUAGAGGAACGAAUGUGAGAGGGAGGCGAGCGCUAAAAGCGUUUUUGUAUAGUUCUGGGCUAAUUUUGUAACGAAUUUUUCUAGUUUAGUUCUUAGUUUUUCAUGUAUGUUUUAAGUUUAGCAUUGAACGAGGCGGUGAAACGAAGUAUACUACAAAGUCAACAUCAAGAGCAGCAGCAGCAGCGACAACAGCAAAUAUAUAAAAUCUAAUCCUAAAGAACUUAUCAGCGAUUUAGACAAAGCUUGUAGACAUAGCGAGAAAUUGCAGCCAACAAAUUACUACAAAUAUUUAAAGAGUAAACGAGUAAGAAUAAAGCAUUCCCGUAAUAUUGGAUUUAGAAGCAAAAUUUCAAAAAAUAUAAAAAUAUACGUAUACUAUGCACAUUAGCGCUCAUCAGUGUUUAUGCUUUUUUGAGUCUAUCCAUAUGAGGGAGCAUAGGAAAACAUAUCGGCUAAAUCGGCGAAUCGAGCCUAGAGCGACCAAAAUUCAAACGCAAAAAUCCCUGGCAUGAUAUAUCUAUAGAACGAGUAUAUUACGAACAGAUAUUGUAUUUUUUAAUUUACGGUAUUGAUAUUUAAUGUAUCUGUGUAUAUGAACAACAAAGCAAUGAGAACGGAGCAUCCAAUUUUAUAAUAGUUUGUUAAAAUAAAAACAAAAAUCUUCCAGAAAAAU